AUGUCACAGAGAAACCAGAGAAAGAGCUGGAACCCAACAAGAGAAUCCUGCAAUUGCUCGACAGUUCCCAUGAAAUGUGUUGAAUGUCUUGAUGCCUUGGUCGCCGAAGACAGCAACCAAGUUCCAGAUCACUGUUCCUACACUCGCACAUCGCCCAACAGUCCAAACAAGUUAAUUUCCCUGAAGAGUUAUGGUUCCUUGAUAGUCCCUUCACAAUCAGUUGUGAAAGUUGUCCAGGUCACCAAUAAAAUCCUUCAAGAAAAGCUCCACCAGUGGCAUCUAAUGCAGACGAAAACCCUUCAAGAGAUGAAGCAACAAGUCCUGCAGGAGACCAAGCUGUCCACCUCACUGAUCUAG